AUGGCUGAUCAGGCACAGCAGCCGAUAAUAGCUGCGGAACCCGAGAUCGACGAUGGUGCAUCCUCCAUCGAUGGGUCGUCCAUAGACGACUCGCUGGCUUCUCUGAGGUCCAGCAUCCUCGACUACCGCCGAGAAAACGAAUAUCUCCUUCCCAAUGACGAGCGAGAGCAAGACAGACUUGGUAAGCAAGCCGAACGCCGCGUGGGCCUGUUGAGUCAAGCUCAUUUGUUGCCAGAUCUCACCCAUAACCUGUGGCUACUUACAUGGGAUAACAAACUUUGCAACUGCCCCAAGAACGCUGGUGCCAAGCGAGUGCUAGACAUCGGUACUGGGACUGGCGUCUGGGCCCUAGACUACGCGAAAACACAAAAGGCGGUUGCAGUCGUUGACUUUCCCCAGGUGCUUGGUGUUGACCUAAGCCCGAUUCAACCCGGCUUCGUACCUCCAAAUUGCUCAUUUGAGGUUGACGAUGUCGAGAAAGAGUGGCUCUGGUCGGAGCCGUUUGACCUCAUCUUUGUCAGAAACAUGAUUGCGAGCUUUUCUGAUUGGCCGGGAAUGAUCGCCAAGGCCUAUGAGCGUCUCGAGCCAGGCGGUUAUCUUGAGCUUCAGGACAACAUGUUUCCACUCAUGUGUCGAGACGACACGAUGACGGACGACUUCAAGCCCUUCGAGUGGACGAAGUUGGUCAUGGAGGCAGCUGCAACGAUGGGUCGUCCGGUCAACGUCGCUGCCAGCUUCAAGCAGAUGUUGGAGGGCGCAGGCUUUGUCGAUGUCGAGGAGAAGAAGGCCAUCUGGCCUUACAACCCCUGGCCUAAGGACCCGAAGCUCAAGGAGUUAGGCUUGUGGGCUCAAGCAUCUGCCGGCUCGGGAAUUGAAGCAGCCUCUAUGGCUCUCUUCACCCGCGUCCUGAACUGGACUAAGGAGGAGGCGACGGUCUUCAUUGCUGAGGUGAGGAACGAACACAAAAAGAUUGGAGUUCAUGCAUACUACGACGUGUAUGCUGCUUGGGGUCGGAAGCCAGAGAAAAAGGAUGAGGAAGCUGUGACAGUGCCUUCUUGA